CCUGCCAGGGGCGCGCGUGCCCGAGCGCGCGGAGGCCCGUGGGGAGGGGCCGCGCUGCCCAGCCCCUCCCCGCGCUCCCAGCACCCUCCGCUCGCCAGACCCUCCUCCACCACGUGUCCGCGAGCUCCCUCCCAGCGAGCAGAGGCGGGACGGGACGAUGGCGCCCUGACAGCCGGGCCGUAGCCCUGCGUGUCUGCACCGCGGAGAUGGAACCCACAGCCAUCCCUGUCAAUCUGGCCCUGAAAGAAGAAAAAGAGGAAGAAGAGAUUCAGAGCCAGGAGCUGGAGGAUGGUCCUACAGAGAUGCAGAAAGUCCGGAUCUGCUCAGAGGGUGGAUGGGUGCCAGCCCUAUUUGAUGAGGUGGCCAUAUAUUUUUCCGAUGAAGAGUGGGAAGUUUUGACAGAGCAACAAAAGGCCCUGUACCGGGAAGUCAUGAGGAUGAAUUAUGAGACUGUUCUGUCCCUGGAGUUCCCAUUCCCUAAGCCAGAUGUGAUCACUCGGCUGGAAAGAGAGAAAUCUCAAAACUCUAAUGAACGGCAGCUCCAAGGACACACCAUUGCAGAAAAUGAAGAUUUGGAAAUGAAGGCUCCAGACUGGGCAGGCCCAGUGAACACUUCCUCCCAGCUUUCUCAGCCUCAGCACCUGGAUAGUUUUGGCCUCCGUCUAACUCAGGACAUCACAGAGCUGCCUGAGUGGGGUGAAGGAUACCCCUUUUACAUGGGAUUCCCAGGGUAUGAUCUUUCUGCGGAAGACCUGGCAGCGAAGUUCCAGUUCAGCCGGGGCAUGCGGCGCAGUUAUGAUGCUGGGUUCAAGUUGAUGGUGGUGGAAUAUGCUGAAAGUACCAACAACUGUCAGGCAGCGAAGCAGUUUGGCGUGCUGGAAAAAAAUGUGCGGGACUGGCGCAAAGUGAAGCCACAGCUACAAAAUGCCCAUGCCAUGCGGCGGGCAUUCCGAGGCCCCAAGAAUGGACGGUUUGCCCUGGUGGACCAGCGUGUGGCUGAAUAUGUGCGCUACAUGCAGGCCAAAGGAGACCCUAUCACCCGGGAGGCCAUGCAGUUGAAAGCCCUCGAAAUUGCCCAGGAAAUGAACAUUCCAGAGAAAGGGUUCAAGGCCAGUUUGGGUUGGUGUCGAAGAAUGAUGCGACGUUAUGACUUAUCUCUGAGGCACAAGGUGCCUGUACCCCAGCAGCUGCCCGAAGACCUGACUGAAAAACUUGUCACUUACCAGCGGAGUGUCCUGGCCCUGCGCAGGACACAUGACUACCAGGUGGCACAGAUGGGCAAUGCAGAUGAGACUCCAAUUUGUUUAGAAGUGCCAUCUCGGGUGACUGUUGACAACCAGGGUGAGAAGCCUGUCUUGGUCAAGACGCCAGGCAGGGAGAAACUGAAAAUCACUGCCAUGCUUGGGGUUCUGGCUGAUGGGAGAAAACUGCCCCCAUACAUCAUUCUGAGGGGCACAUACAUCCCCCCUGGGAAGUUCCCUAGUGGGAUGGAAAUCCGCUGCCACAGGUAUGGAUGGAUGACGGAGGAUUUGAUGCAGGAUUGGCUAGAGGUGGUAUGGAGGAGGAGGGCAGGUGCCAUCCCGAAGCAGCGAGGGAUGCUCAUUCUCAAUGGCUUCCGGGGCCAUGCCACGGAUUCCGUAAAGAGUUCCAUGGAAAGCAUGAACACUGACAUGGUCAUAAUCCCUGGGGGCCUGACAUCACAGCUCCAGGUUCUGGAUGUGGUAGUGUACAAGCCACUGAAUGACAGUGUACGGGCCCAGUACUCCAAUUGGCUCCUGUCGGGGAACCUGGCACUGAGUCCUACUGGGAAUGCCAAGAAACCACCCCUUGGUCUCUUCCUAGAGUGGGUCAUGGUGGCAUGGAACAGCAUCUCUAGUGAAUCCAUUAUCCAAGGCUUUAAGAAGUGCCACAUCUCCAGCAACUUAGAGGAUGAAGAUGAUGUCUUGUGGGAAAUUGAGAACGAGUUGCCAGGAGGAGUGGAACUGCACAGAGAAUGUGACCCCGAGAGCCACUGAAGGGAGAUCAGCAAAUGGAAUUGUAUUUCAAAUAGCUGGGGAAGAAGAUUCCUGGAAGUGUGGUGCAUGUGGUGGACAGCAGCCUGUGGCUCCCAGCCAGCACCCAGCCAAUCUGCCUCACAUCUCAGACACUACAUUUCAUCAGAGACCAGAGUAGAAGAGAAGCUGCUUCUGUUCAUUUCUUGUCCUGGACAUUACUCAUGUGUCCAUCAGAAGAGACCUGUAUAUAGAUGUAUGAGUAAAAGUAUCUUCUGGACAAGAGACUGUCCAACAACCCAGAAGAGACUCAUUUCUAGACACAGUCACUAGUUGUCCUUUUUGUGGAGAAAAUCUCAAGUAAAUAUUUCUUCUUAAAAAAAAAAUUCUUCCAAGAGUAGAGCUUACUACCCACAGGUCAAACUGCAGAGAAGGCUUACAGAAAUGUAUCAUUUAUGAUGCCUGCUACUUACACAUUUCCCCUUUUGAAUUAUGGAAUACUAAUAAGUGAAAUUUAUACAUACUGGCCAGGUGGCUGGCGAGUGGUUUUUCUGUAGACAAACUAGUUUAGUUUGGAAGACACUGGUUUAAAUACACUGUGUUGCUUUACUUAUCUACCCUGUCUGGUUGGCAGCUAGACUUUUUGGGGUCUUAUUUGAUGGCCCUAUUUUUCAUUAUUCUAUGUAGUAACUAGGCAGCAUUUACUACACAAAUUUUCAGUUUCUCAGGCUGCCUAUAGAGGUCACCGUAAAUGAUCUGUUUCUUGAGGCCCAAGGCUCAGUAACUCAUCAAUACCUGUCUUAGUUUUACCACAGAGGUGGAAAGGAUGAGGCCCUGCAUUGUUUUAAGACUUCUGAUAUCCUCUGUAGGAAUAGGUGGGAGAGCUUUGAAUUGUUACAUGAUAAUAAUUUACAUUCCCACAUAGAUCAUUAGGAAAACAUUCCUACAAAGCUAUCUAUGCUACAAAUAUAUGCCAGAAUCUCAUAGACCAAGCUGUUGCUAGAAAUGCCAUUCUGAUGUCUAAUCUGGACCAUAGGCUACUCCCUGUAGAUUCAGUCCAUUGUAUGGUGUACUGUGGUUGGCAUCUUGAAACACCUAUUUCUACUCAGGUACUCAUUUUCCUGUUAGUGAUUUGUUGUCAUCUUUUUAACAUUUGUUUUCUUCCAAGGUGGUAACUCAUAUGAAAAAAUUUCAGUAUUUGAAUUAUUUCCUCAUUUGCUUUUCCUGUACUGUCUUAUCAUCUCAAAUAAUAUCUAAAGUCAGUUAAUUUCCAUUCCAGAAGUUUCCAUUUCUUCCACUUCCACUGCCCAUUUUUGAUCCUUAACCAUUUAAUUCCUUUACUUGCUUUGAGAGCUUAAAGGAUUUUCUAAGGGGAGCUGGGUGGUUAAGUGCACAUAGUAUUAAGUGCAUGUACUACUAAGCGCAAGGGUCCUGGUUCGAGCCCUUGGCUCCUUAGCUGCAGGGUGGGGUUGCUUUGCAAGUGGUGAAGCAGGUCAGCAGCUGUCUAUCUUUCGUUCCCCUUCUCUAUCUUCCCCUCUCUUUCUUUCAGUCCUAUCCAAUAUUAAAAAUUUUAAGAGAGAAAAGAUGGCCUCCAAGAGCAGUGGAUUUAUAGUGUAGGCACUAAGCCUCAGCAAUAACCCUGGAGGGAAAAAAAAAAUUCCUAAGACCUAAUUUGGUUCCUAUGUUAGAGCCAUGAAAACUUGCAGAGAAGAGUAGAAAUAGGUUCAACUCUCGUUAUAUUCCACUAACACUUUUGAGUCUCCUGAUCUGCAGACAGAUGCCUUAUAGGUUGCAAGCACUGGAACUUCCCUAGAGUGAUGGCUUUAUGUCAGGGUUUUUCUAGCCUUAUUCUUCCACUGACUGAAUUAUGACCUAUGCCUAACAGAGCCCACAUACAACUUUUUGCAGAUUGCUAUUACCCUAGAAUUCCUAUAGCACAUAUUAAGACAUAAUUAUACUCCCCACUAGAUAGGAACUAUCCCCAACAAUAAACUUUAACAAUAAAGAACAGAGGCUAUGGCGGAUUUAUUUACUUGCUAACAUUGUGAAAAGUCGUGUUUCAAGUUAUUGUUUAUACUAGUCUUCCUCUAGUUUGGAACCAGUAUAUUACAACCCUUGGGGGGGGAACCUGUUCAUCGGCAAUGUAACUAAUCCUGGUAUUUUUUUUUUAAUUUUAUUUAUCUUCCCUUUUGUUGCCCUUGUCUUUUUAUUGUUGUUGUAGUUGAUGUCGUCGUUGUUAGAUAGGACAGAGAGAAAUGGAGAGAGGAGGGGAAGACAGAGAGGGGGAGAGAAAGAUAGACACCUGCAGACCUGCUUCACCGCCUGUGAAGCGACUCCCCUGCAGGUGGGGAGCCGGGGACUCGAACCGGGAUCCUCAUGCCGGUCCUUGCGCUUAGCACCACCUGCGCUUAACCCACUGCGCUACCGCCCGGCUCCCUAAUCCUGGUAUUUUUAAAAGACAAAUAGAAGGAAAAUGCUGUGUUAGUUUAAAACUGGCUCUUAAGGGCUAAGUAGGGAGAGUAAUGUGAUGGAGUGGCCUGGUAUAAACAGCUUUUCCCCUUGUUAUGUUUUGGAUGCUCUGAGGAGUGGCACGUACAAAAAUCAGAAAAAACUGAUUAAAGGAAUACUAAUUUCA